AUGAAGACCUCCGCCUUGUUGGUGCUCCUGGGCAUCUCCCAGACCAUUGCUGUGCCGUACAAGCCACGCGAACCUCGCGCAGGCGGAAAGAAACGCCUGACAUUCAACGAAACGGUAGUCGCUUCGGCCCUAUCUCCGUCAUCCAUCUCGGUGCAAUGGAUCGCAACCGCCGACGACGGAGACUAUGUGUACCAAGAGCAGGACGGAAGUAUUAAGAUCGAGAGCAUUGUCACCAACCGGUCACAGACUAUUGUUCCGGCCGACGAGGUACCUGCGGACGCAUAUAGCUAUUGGAUUAGUCCGGACCUGUCCGCGGUUCUAUGGGCGACCAACUACACCAAGCAGUACCGUCAUUCCUUCUUCGCCGACUACUACAUCCAGGAUGUUGCGACGUUCGAGUCCGUACCUCUCGUGGCCGACCAGUCUGGGGAUAUCUCAUACGCGGAGUGGAGCCCGAAGGGUGACUCAAUUGCCUUUGUCCGCGGAAAUAACCUGUACACCUGGGUCAACGGCACCGUGGCCGCUAUCACCGAGAACGGUGGACCGGAUUUGUUCCAUGGGGUACCCGACUGGAUUUACGAAGAGGAGAUUUUGGGAGACCGCUUUGCGUUGUGGUUCUCCCCCGAUGCAGAGCUCCUAGCUUUUCUGAGCUUCAACGAGACCGGGGUUCCCACCUACACCGUGCCAUACUACAUGGACGACCAGGAGAUAGCGCCUCCGUACCCUCGAGAGCUCGAGAUUCGGUACCCCAAAGUUGGAGAGACCAACCCGACAGUGACGCUGAGCAUCCUUAAACUGAGCGAUAACUCAGUGACAACCAUCCCGAUUGACGCCUUCGACCCAAGCGAGCUGAUCAUCGGCGAAGUCGCCUGGGUGACUGAUACACACACCACAGUCGCUGCCAAGGCGUACAACCGUGUGCAGGACCAGCUGAAGGUGGUCAUUGUGGAUACUGCAUCUGGCGAAGCCGACGUUGUCCACGAGCGUGACGGUACCGAUGGCUGGUUGGACAACUUGCUUUCGAUGGUGUAUGUCGGUCCCGUUGGCUCGGGAAAUACAUCCUCUACCUACUAUGUGGACCUCUCUGACCACUCUGGAUGGGCGCACCUGUAUCUUUACCCAGUAUCUGGCGGUGAGCCAAUUGCUUUGACCGAGGGUGAAUGGGAAGUCACCCGAAUUGUGAGCGUCGAUCAAGAGCGGCAGCUGGUAUACUAUCUUUCGACACAGCAUCACAGCACGGAGCGCCAUCUCUACUCGGUCUCAUACUCAACCUUCGAGAUUACACCUCUUGUUGAUGACACUGUCGCGGCGUAUUGGAGCGCUUCUUUUUCCUCCAAAGCGGGUUAUUACAUCCUUUCCUACGCGGGUCCGAAUGUGCCGUACCAGGAGCUCUACUCUGUUGAGCAGGCCACUCCUCUUCGUACUCUCACCAGCAACGCUGCUCUUAUCGAGGCGCUCGAAGAGUACAACCUGCCGAAGAUUAGCUACUUUGAGUUGACGAUUCCGAGUGGUGAGAAGUUGAACGUGAUGGAGAGGUUGCCAGUAAACUUCAAGCCACACAAGAAGUACCCCGUUCUUUUCACUCCAUAUGGCGGUCCAGGGGCACAGGAAGUCAACAAGGCGUGGCAGAGUCUCGAUUUCAACGCCUACAUCUCAUCCGACCCCGAGCUUGAAUACAUCACCUGGACGGUCGAUAACCGCGGAACUGGAUACCAGGGACGUGCAUUCCGGUCUUUGGUCGCGGAGCACCUUGGAAACCUCGAGGCUGAGGAUCAGGUCUAUGCGGCCAGGCAAGCGGCGAAGAGACCUUAUAUUGACGCUGAUCACAUUGCCAUCUGGGGCUGGAGCUACGGAGGUUAUCUGACAGGAAAAGUCCUUGAGACUGACAGCGGCGCCUUCUCUCUGGGUCUCCUCACCGCACCCGUAUCCGACUGGCGGUUCUACGACUCGAUGUAUACGGAACGGUACAUGAAGACUCUUUCCGCGAAUGCCGGAGGAUAUAACACCACUGCCAUCCGCAACAGCGAAGGAUUCAAAAACGUUGCGGGCGGGUUCCUGAUCCAGCACGGAACUGGUGACGAUAAUGUGCAUUUCCAAAAUGCUGCCGCGUUGGUUGAUGUGCUGAUCGGCGACGGCGUGACGCCUGAGAAAAUGCAGGUCCAGUGGUUUACCGACUCGGACCACAGCAUCAGAUACAACGGCGACAACGUUUUCUUGUACAGACAGCUGGCCCAGAGGCUGUACGCAGAGAAGAAGAGGAACGGCAAGGAGGAUCACCACCAAUGGAGCAAGCGAAAUCACGCGUGGAUGGUGUAG